AUGCCUCAACUUGAAAACACCCUGUACUGUUCACAGUUCAUAAUACCGAAGAUAAUCAUGGAUGAGCGACAUUUUCUUGCGGACAGUACAGUGCCAAGUGAUUGUGAUAAGAAUCAGUUAGUGAAAAAGAGGACGAUGGAUAAGAUCCAGAUUCCCGAUACCCAGCAGUGCCGGUUUUUUCCCAACUCCCCGGAAAUAACGUGCUCCCCCUCACCCUGUAUAUUCGACCCCGACGAAAGGCCCACAUUUAACAACGAGGGGAAUCUCCAUCCGAAUCGGUCGCCAUCCAGGUCGCCUAGUCCAAUGUCCGAUACAUCGCCAAGGUUGAGUCGGAGAGGUAGUGGAUUCAGGACCCCGAGUCCCAGCAGUCCCAACUCCAGAAGAGGUUCCAUGACGUACGGUUACGAGCAGUACCAAAAAAGUUUGCUGGAGGUUCCGCUUUCCAAUGAUUACGGCGAUGCUUCCAGCGAUGACUUGAGUUCAGAAUGGGAUUCCGAUGUUCCAGAAACAAAAACUUCGAAGCCAUCUGGUUGGAGGAAGCUCAGGAAUAUCGUCCAAUGGACGCCCUUCUUUCAAACCUACAGAAAACAAAGAUACCCAUGGGUGCAGUUGGCAGGUCACCAAGGAAAUUUCAAGGCUGGACCUGAUCAAGGAACGAUAUUGAAAAAGUUGUGUCCCAAAGAAGAAAAAUGCUUUAAGAUUUUGAUGAAAGAUGUCCUGAGGCCAUACGUUCCAGAGUAUAAAGGUCUAGUGGCAAGUGAUGAUGGUGAAUGCUCAUACAUACAACUCCAAGACUUACUUGGUGACUUUGUUUCACCCUGUGUGAUGGACUGCAAAAUAGGUGUCAGAACGUAUCUUGAGGAAGAGUUGGCGAAAGCAAAGGAAAAACCCAAGUUAAGAAAGGACAUGUACGAAAAAAUGUGCCAAAUCGAUCAAGAUGCACCUACGGACGAGGAGCAUAAAGUGAAAGGAGUGACAAAACCGAGGUACAUGGUUUGGAGGGAAACAAUUUCCUCCACAGCAACAUUAGGUUUUAGGAUAGAGGGUGUAAGGAAUGCCGACGGCACUUCAAGUAAAGACUUUAAAACCACAAAGACUAAAGAUCAUGUAAUGGAAGCUUUCGAGAGUUUUAUCGACGGAUUCCCUCAUGCAUUGACCAAAUACAUUCAAAGGCUUCAAGCUAUAAAGGCAACAUUGGAAACAUCAGACUUUUUUAAUACUCAUGAGAUAAUUGGUAGUUCUUUAUUAUUUGUUCACGAUAGAUAUACUGCCAAUGUGUGGCUGAUAGACUUCGCAAAAACUAUCAGCCUCCCAGACAAUGUCAAAAUAGACCACCACUCGUCCUGGAGGGUUGGUAACCAUGAAGAUGGCUACUUGAUAGGCGUAAACAAUCUUAUAAAAAUCUUCAAAACGAUGUUGGAAAACCAACCCGUCGCUAUAAGUCCGCCUUUGUCUUUACAAGAACCAAAAUGUCUUGAGGAGGCUCAGAAAACCUCGCAACAAGUUCAAACUUGA